AUGACCGAAGCAGCCAAGCUCGAGUCGUUCCCGACGCUCUUCUCCCUCGAGGGGAAAGUGGCGGUCGUAACGGGCGGGUCGCGCGGGCUGGGCCUCUCGGCGGCGUCGGGGCUGCUGCAGGCGGGCUGCUCCAAGGUGUUCAUCACGUCGCGCAAGGCGUCGGCGUGCGACUCGGCCUGCGCGGCGCUCAACGCGCUGCCGGGCAUCUCGGGCCGCGCCGUCUCGGUCCCUUCCGACUCGGCCACCGAGGCCGGCGUCAAGAGGCUGCUGGAGCUCGUGAGCGCCCACACGGACCACGUCGACAUCCUCCUGGCCAACGCCGGCGCCAGCUGGGGCGCCCCCUUUGACGACCACCCCGACGACGCCUUCGCAAAGGUCAUGGACCUCAACGUCAGGGCCGUCUUCAACACCGUCAGGCUGUUCGCGCCCCUGCUGCAGAAGCGCGCCACCGUCGAGGACCCGAGCAGGGUCAUAAUCACGGCGAGCGUUGCUGGGUUGGGCAUCGGGACGCUUGGCAAGAAUGGAACUUACGGCUACAGCGCCUCCAAGGCCGCCGUGCUGCACCUGGGCAACAACCUGGCCGUGGAGCUGGGCCCGCGCCACAUCACGGUCAACAGCAUCGCGCCCGGCUUCUUCCCGUCAAAGAUGGCCAACGGCCUGCUCGAGGCCAGCGGCGGCGCCGACAAGAUCGCACAGGCCAACCCCAUGCGCCGUCUGGGCCGCCCCGAGGACAUCGCCGGCGUCGUCGUCUACCUGGCCAGCCGCGCCGGAUCCCACGUCAACGGGGCCUGCAUCGCCAUCGACGGAGGCGCCAUGUGGCAGCGCGGGGAGCUGAUGCUCGAGGCGAAGUUGUGA